UAGGAACCAUAUUGUAGACCGAGUAAGGUGGAUGAGGGAGCCGCUUCAGCCGUUCGGCAGUGAGUGGUCGACCAUAGCCAUGCAGAUACUCGAGCAUGUGUAGCAUAUGAAGUUUAGCCAUCAAGAUCACCCGUGUAACCAAGGUAAUAUAAUCGAGAAACGCGCCGGUUCUUGGCGCUCUGUAACCUCGCUGCAGCUUGUCGAGAGCUAUCUACAGGGGUGCGAUUGGCAAAAGUAUAAAAAUGCUAUUGACACCAUUGAUGACACCAUUUUCAGCUCAUACGACGCCAUCAGUAUUUUGACAGCUCGAGCGUCUAGAACAUCGAGAUAUCGACAGUGAGAUCGCAGUCGUGUGGAGUCGUGUGAACUCCUAAUUGGUCAUUGAAGCCGUCAUAAUGGGUCAAGGUCCUUCGCUACCGGGCCCGCCUGGAACGAAGUUUCGCGUCAUUGGUGCUGGAAUGUCACGUACCGGCACAAAGACUUUCAACGAAGCUCUCACCAUUCUUCUCGAUGGCCCCGUCCACGACUCCGGGAUCCAGUCCCUUGGGGGCCCAAUUUGUCAAAUAAAAGCUUGGCUCGAUAUAAUGGAGCUCGCUCCGAAGGCGCAGACGUUCUCUGAGCAGAAGAAGCUUGAUUGGCUCAUCUCGGAGGUGCUCGACGGCUACGUUGCAACCAUGGACUGCCCCGCUGCGACUCUCACUCCUGAAAUCAUGCACGUCUAUCCCGACGCCAUAGUAAUAGCAACGACUAGAGAGGAAAAGUCCUGGUGGAAGAGUAUGAACUAUCUGAAUAGUCUAAUGGGGACGUGGUAUCUCCCUAUGGUGGUCUUAUGGCUGCAUAAGACUCAGGUUUACGGACUUUGGCGUGAACGCUUCCAUCAAAUUAUGAAAUGGCGCUACGACCAAGAUAAGAUCGAGGAGGACACGCUUCGCAGGCACGAGGAGCAUCUAAGGCAGGUCGUACCUCCAGAGAAGCUGUUCUUUUACGAAGUCAGCCAAGGGUGGGAGCCGCUAUGCAAAAUCCUGAACGUUCCUGUGCCUGAUCGUCCAUUCCCGCAUAACAAUAGCAAAGGCGAUGCGGCGCAAACGUUCCGGGAUCACAUAGCAGCGGGAUGUUUAUCUUGGGGUUUUAUGCUUAUGCUUAUCAGCAUGGCCGUUUGGCUCGUCAGAGGGUGGCUUCUUCAAACAUUUUCUUGAUCUACACAGGCCGGAAACAGGUUAGAAGCGACUCUGCAUGCCGAAUCGCCAACAUCUAAUGUCCGCAUACUAUUAAAUUUUCUAUAUAUAUAUAUAUCUAAUCAGGC